GAGAGGAAGUGCCGUCUUCAGGCUUUCCGUGGCGAGUCCAGAUGCUCAUUGGUUUUAUUUGCUGCCACUCAGGGAAGACGGGCUGCUGGGUCAGGGAGCAGCGGACGGAGUGGAGACAGAGGAUUAAAUUUCAAAAUGAAUGUAGCAAAGGGUGGCUACCGCGUAUUCUCAGCAAAUUCAAAUGCUGCCUGCACAGAGUUAGCCAAACGCAUCACUGAGCGUCUUGGAGUUGAACUUGGUAAAGCUGUGGUUUACCAGGAACCAAACCGUGAAACACGAGUGGAAAUAAAAGAAUCUGUUCGUGGCCAGGAUAUUUUUAUCAUUCAGACCAUCUCACGAGAUGUUAAUACAGCGGUGAUGGAAUUACUGAUCAUGGCCUACGCCUGCAAGACUUCAUGUGCCCGGAACAUUAUUGGAGUAAUUCCUUACUUCCCCUACAGUAAGCAGUGUAAAAUGAGGAAGAGGGGCUCCAUCGUUUGCAAACUGCUGGCGUGCAUGUUGGCCAAAGCAGGUGAGCAGCUUCUGGAGCUGUGUCUGACUGAAGUAUGGGUUGUCUGUGGUGUCUUGGAAGAAAUAUGGGGAGUUUUUAAUUUGCCUGUUGAGUCUGUGGUGAGGAAGGCAAAUGCAAUGUUAGCAUUCAUUUCAAGAGGAAUCCAGGAUUACAGGAAUGCAAUCAUCGUUGCAAAGUCGCCAGCUGCUGCCAAGAGAGCACAGUCCUAUGCAGAGAGACUGCGACUGGGACUGGCAGUGAUACACGGAGAGGCUCAGUAUGCAGAGUAUGACUUGGUGGAUGGGCGUCACUCUCCUCCAGCAGUGAAGAACACGAUGAUACAUUCUGGUCUGGAGUUACCAUUGAUGAUGCCAAAGGAAAAGCCACCCAUCACUGUGGUUGGAGAUGUUGGUGGAAGAAUAGCCAUCAUUGUGGAUGAUAUUAUUGAUGAUGUCGAUAGCUUUGUGGCAGCUGCUGAGAUUCUGAAGGAGAGGGGAGCCUACAAGAUCUAUGUUAUGGCCACUCAUGGCCUCCUCUCUGCUGAUGCCCCGAGUUUGAUAGAGGAGUCAGCCAUUAAUGAGGUGGUUGUAACAAAUACUAUUCCUCACGAAGUUCAGAAGCUACAGUGUCCCAAGAUCAAAACUGUCGAUGUCAGCAUGAUUCUUUCUGAAGCCAUUCGACGCAUCCACAAUGGGGAAUCCAUGUCAUACCUGUUCCGUAACAUUACUGUCGAUGACUAAUGCGAAUCUUUGUGAAGUGGUAAAGUGCAUAAGCAGAGGUAAUGCAGGGCAUGGUGUGAUGUCAGAAGCAACUGUACUGAGGCACUUUCUGUGCUGUUUCAGUAGUUGCCAAUUGUUGCCUUCAUUCCUGGUACAGAAUCUCUCUCUCAGGAAGAAAGCCCUGCCUUUUAAAUGGUUCCUGCAAUGUCAUUUAAUUCUGAAAAUAACAACUGCAGUCUUUUGGAAAUCACUGCUGAAUGGCUGUUUGAAAGCUGUAAAUUGUUAACAGUGCAAUUAAGUCACACUCUUCCUGUACAGACUGCUGUCAGUAAAGGACUGAAUACCAGGGUGGGAAUGAACUCCCACAUUGCAGUGAACUUUAUUUUUCUGUGAAUUGUUAGACAGCAUUAUCAGUGAUGCCAGACGUCUGUGACGGCUUGGUUGUUAUGUCACUUAAUAAUUAAACUACCAUGAUUACCCAAGAA